GGAAAGCAUGCAUUAGUUCCCCUCUACCCCACCGCUAGCUUUACUGGUAAACUGGCAAUAUUAUUAAAAGAAAACAUAUUUCGCCCAAACGCCACCCCAAUGAGAAUUUCAAUUUGUGAACGGAUUUAAGACGAAGGCCUCUUUGAAGACGUAACACAAAAAAACUUGAAAGUUUUCAGGGGCAAGCAAUAAUCAACAGGUGCAGGUUAUAAGUAUUGUGACAAAAGUUUUCCAAAAUCUAGCCGGCUGCCAUGGCUGAAGUGAAGGACUGGCGCCCAUUUGUGUAUGGAGGCGUGGCAUCUAUAACAGCGGAAUUUGGCACUUUUCCGAUUGACACAACAAAGACGCGCCUCCAAAUUCAAGGUCAAAAGAUUGAUCAAACAUUUUCGCAAUUGCGCUACCGCGGCAUGACAGAUGCCUUUGUAAAGAUCUCAAAGGAGGAAGGAUUACGAGCCCUGUAUUCUGGAAUUUGGCCAGCAGUGCUCCGUCAAGCGACCUAUGGCACCAUUAAAUUCGGCACCUACUACACCCUCAAGAAAUUGGCAAAUGAACGAGGAUUACUCAUCCACGAUGAUGGCAGCGAGCGUGUAUGGAGCAAUAUACUUUGUGCCGCAGCAGCUGGUGCUAUCUCAUCGGCUAUAGCCAAUCCCACAGAUGUGCUUAAAGUUCGCAUGCAGGUCCAUGGGAAGGGUACUCAACAAAUGGGACUCAUCGGUUGUUUCAGUGAGAUUUACAAGUAUGAGGGUGUACGCGGAUUGUGGAGAGGUGUGGGGCCAACUGCCCAGCGUGCCGUUGUUAUUGCAUCCGUCGAGCUGCCCGUCUAUGAUUUCUGUAAAUUGCAACUAAUGAGCGCUUUUGGCGAUCAUGUGGCAAAUCAUUUUAUAUCGAGUUUUAUCGCCAGUUUGGGCAGUGCCAUUGCCUCAACACCCAUCGAUGUUAUACGGACCCGCCUGAUGAACCAGCGUCAUGUGAAUCUGACCAUGAAUGGCCUGGCGACCGCAUCGGCCACACCCAAGCUUUAUAGCGGCAGCUUAGACUGUGCGGUACAGACGAUACGCAACGAAGGGUUAUUCGCCCUCUACAAGGGCUUCAUACCCACAUGGGUGCGCAUGGGGCCCUGGAACAUAAUAUUCUUCAUCACAUAUGAACAACUUAAGAAAUACUAACAUCGGCUGUAAUCACCAUACAAAUAAUUAUCAGGUAUCCGAAACCAAAAAGGGCCCAUUACAGGCCCAACCGUGUGAGCUAUAUACAUACAUAUAUUUAAAUACAUUAAUUGAACAAUUGUUGGGCGCUAACUGAAAAGAUUUUCAGUUCGUCCAAGUCGCCAGUUUGCCUUAAAAAAAAAUUA